AUGCCAAACUUCAAAUGCCUAUAUUGUGAUCGUUAUUUUUCAUCUCGACAAGCAUACGCUCAACAUGUUAAUAAAACUCAUAAUGAUAUAAAUGAUACGUCACUUGAUGACAAAGAUUCUAAUCGAAUUGAAGAAUUGCAAAUUGUUCGGGAAGAAAGUUUGCCAUCUAUAACUAACGAGUACGAAGAUCAAAAUAUGUCACCUGCAUCUUAUGAAAAUAUUGAAAAUACUGAUGCUUUAAAGUCAAAUGUAGAAGAUUAUGAUAAUUUUGAACAAGUUUCACCUGAAAGAUUAUAG